UGCUGUGUUCCUCUGGAUCCCACUGCACCUCUUCCUGAAGAAACCUGCCACCCAUCAUGAACUCCAGCAUGUCAGUGAGGAGUUACUCCAUGAGCCGUCAGCCCUCCUUUUCCAGCCGUUCUCUGAUGGACACCGGCCGCGCUCGGUCCCGUGCUUCGGUGUCCUUCGCCACCGGAGGCCCGCUGAGCCGCUCGGCCUCUAUCAGCCAGGACCUCAACGGGCCGAUAAGCCUGCAGCUUAAUGGACUGCACGGCAACAGCACCAACGAUAAGGAAGCCAUGCAGAAUCUCAACAACCGUCUGGCCAACUACCUGGACAAGGUGCGAUCACUGGAGCGCUCCAACGCUGACCUGGAGAUGAAGAUCAAGCAGCUGAUGCUCGACCGCAUUCCCAAAGGUCAUGACCUCGACUCCAUGAUGGCCCAAGCUCAUGCUGUUGAGCAAGAGGUGAGGAAGAAGACCUUGGAAAAUGCUCGUCUCAUGUUAGAGAUCGAUAACGCUAAACUGGCUGCUGAUGACUUCAGAAUCAAGUGGGAGACUGAGCUGGUGAUGUGUCAGUCUGUGGAGCGAGACUGUGUCGCUCUGAAAAAGGCCAAGACCGACCACGAGCAGAUCAUCGCCUCUCUGAGGGGAGAUCUGGAUAGCCUGAAAGAGGAACUUUACUUCCUCAAGAAAAACCAUGAGGAGGAACUGGAGCAGAUGAAGUCUCGCAUUGCCAGAGAUGAGGUGAACGUGGAGGUGGACUCUGGUGCCAGCGGGCCGGAGCUGGGCACCAUUCUGUCUGACCUGCGUUCCCAGUACGAGGGGAUCGUCAAGAAGAACAAGGAGCAAGCAGAGCAGUGGUACCGCAAGAAGCUGGAGACGGUGCAGACCGAGGUGAAGGAGAGCAACGAGGCUCUGAGAGGAGCUCAGGGCGAGCUGAUCGAGAGGCAGCGCUUCCUGCAGACCCUGGAGGUGGAGCUGGAGAGUCUGCACAAGCAGAUAGCAGCGCUGGAAGGUAACCUGGGUGAGACGGGUCAGAAGUACUCUGCCGAGAUGGAGCGGCUGCAGGCCACCCUGAGCCAGCUCGAGGACGACCUGUCCCAGCUCAGGCUGGACAUGCAGCGCACCAAGACCGACUACGAGCAGCUCCUCCGCAUCAAGCAGAACCUGGAAAUGGAGAUUGCCACCUACAGGCGCCUGCUGGAGGGAGAAGAGACAGUCAAGGAAGUUCCUCCUCCACCAAAAAAGGAGCCUGACGUUCGCACCAGGAAGAUUGUGAAGGUGGUGACCCAGACGAUGGUCAACGGCAAAGUGGUGGACGAGUCCAGCGAGGUGGAGCAGAUCGAGGAGACCAAGAAAUAAGAAUUGAAAACAGAGAGUGGGAUUUCCAAAGAGAGAGAAAAGAAAUUAAAAGAUUAGUGUCAGCAUCUUACACAUGAGCUGUGGAUCAUCAUUUGGGGCAUCUUCUAUUUGGGGGGGCGUUGCUUGACUAUGUUUGUGUUUUCAGAGAAAUGUUUUCUCACAGCUGACCUGUCAGCUCUGCUGUGAUCAGCUGUUUGGUUCUGGAGAAAACGCAGCAAACAUGUGUCCAGUACUGCUGUAGCUGUGCAUGCUUACUUUGAAAAGAGGUGUGUGUGUGUGAGUGUGUGUUUGUGUGAGGCCAACAGACUAACCGCCUUCAUACUGUUUUACUAAUGAAAUGUUUUGUAGUUACACCACAUAUUUAUUUCUUAGUGUGGAUAAGUUUACUUUAGUAAAUGCAAUAUAUACUUUUACUCCAUUUACAAAAAUAUCAUUUAAGUGUAUUGGUUUCGUGUUUGUACUCUGUCUAAAUAAAGUUUCUUU